CUCCUCGCUGCUAACAACGAAAAUGAAUUGACAACCAUGACCAGUGAAGUGACAUCAUGACUUCUCUGAACCAGUCUGAAGAUUCACCACCCGCUCCCUCCUUCUCUCUCUCCUUGGCGGAAAACAAUGUAUCCGUUUUUGUUUCUAAUGACCCCUUUUUAUCCAACACUGCGUCCUUGGUCACCUCGCCGAACUGCACCGUCCCCCCAUCACUGUCCUCUCCUCCGUACAACUUCUACGCUGUGCUGCUGGUUCUUCUCAUCUUCUGCGUGGUCUUUGGGAACGUGCUGGUGUGCGUGGCUGUGUCAAGGGAGCGGGCUCUACAGACCACCACCAACUACCUGAUCGUCUCUCUGGCUGUUUCUGACCUGCUGCUGGCCAUCCUGGUUAUGCCAUGGGGUGUCUACCUAGAGGUGGUGGGAGAGUGGCGCUUCAGCCUCAUUCACUGUGACAUCCUGCUCACUCUGGACGUGAUGAUGUGCACGGCCAGCAUCCUCAACCUGUGUGCCAUCAGCAUUGACAGAUACACAGCAGUAGCCAUGCCGCUCCUCUAUAACACUCGCUACAGCUCCAGGAGGAGGGUCGCUGUGAUGAUUGCUGUCGUGUGGUUUCUCUCUUUUGCCAUCUCCUGCCCUUUGCUGUUUGGACUCAACAACACAGCCAGUCGAGAUGGUUCAACGUGCAGCUUUGCAGACCCAGCCUUUGUCGUUUACUCUUCUGUCGCCUCCUUUUACGUUCCCUUCAUCGUGACGCUGUUGGUGUACGCUCAGAUCUGUGUAGUCCUGCGUAAACGUGGGCGCCGCACUGCUCCUCCGCGCAGACACGGCCUCCACACAGCAGGGGGCACCGAGGGGGCAGAGACACACAGGCAUCGGAAGAACAAAUGUACACAGCCAGAAGAUGUGAAGCUCUGUACUUUGAUCCUCAGACCAUCGACAGCUGCACCUCCAAGAAAAAAAGUUACCCUGGUGAAGGAGGCUCUGGUCCACCCUCUGGAGAUGGAGCCGGGGCGGUUCUUACCACAGACGGAGCAGACUCUGAGUCCUCCAGCUGCUCCUCAAACCUCUGGUCACGCUGGUCGUGCCCGGAUCUCCCUGUCCAUCUCAGUGGGCCCAUCUCCUGUGAUGCCCGCCACAGUCUCACGCUCUGCCCUCCUGCCCCGCUCGCCCACCCUGGAGGACGGCAUGAGGGGGCGCGAGGGAUGGAGGGAGCGCAGUGCAGGAAAAGACAAGUGGGGCCUGAACAAAGAAAGAGCCAGAGGAAGGCUCUCGCAACAGAAGGAACGCAAAGCCACACAGAUGCUCGCUAUUGUGCUUGGUGUUUUCAUCAUCUGCUGGCUGCCGUUUUUCCUGACCCAUGUUCUUAAAGCUCACUGCUCCAGCUGCUGUAUCACCCCCUCACUGUACAGCGCUGUCACUUGGCUGGGGUAUCUCAACAGCGCUGUCAACCCCGUCAUCUACACCACUUUCAACAUUGAGUUUCGCAAAGCCUUCAUCAAAAUCCUCCACUGCUGAGGAAUCUGUGAAGGAGAGGGUCAAAGAGGGAAUACCUUGGAGUUUACCUCUGCCUCUUAACUUUGUUGUUAAAGAGUCAGUAAUGGCAGUUUACAGCACUGGGAUUUGGAGGAUACAAUGACUUGAUGAUGUUAGAUUUGAACUGAAACAAAAUGAGUGAAACUGGCACUAGAAAUUAGCAGAGAAUAUGUACGGAAAGAAUACACGAAGACUACAAAAUAUUGGUACAACAUGAAUGUGACUCACAGUUCAAUACAGACUCAGAAAUGUUAUGGUCUGUAGACAAACAGUUGUGUAUAAAUGUGAUAUGAGAAUCUAGACGAAGAGAGAGAAACUCAUGGAACUCAUGGUAUUUUUUUAAUAUAACUCUUGACUGGAGCCAGACUGAUGUGUUUUCUUGUAAUAUUUGGCAAGCAUCUUUUUGCUUUUUGUAAACAUGUCUUUUCUGUGAAAGAUUGUAGGGAAAAUAAAAAAGUAUUGAUGUAAGAGGCCUGUACACAGAUGAUUUGCCAAAGAAGAAAUAUGGAUUUAGUGACAGACUGAAGCAGUCAAUAUCAGGACUAUGAUUUUAUCUGCAACAAAGUUUGCCCUUUAUAAAUCAAAUUUCAAUAAUAUUGACUGUGUUGAUACAAAUAAGAUAUGCAAUGAUGUGCAGCUCUCAAAACUAUUUUAAUACUCUCAGUGGCUGUGGUUACAAGCUCACCAAAAUCUGAUGAAUAUGCGAUUUCAAGACUUCUACACUCGGACCCGCAAAGUGCACACUGAUGUGAGGAAUCAGAGGGACUGUGAUCGGAAAGAUGAUUUUGCUGUUUACAUUUUAAUAAUCUUUUAUCUCCAAAAAUCUGAUUCAGAUUCUUAGUUACUAUCAGUCACAAGUUU